CCCUGCACGCUCGGGCUAACCUUCGUCCAGUUUCGGUCACUAUCGGAAGUUCCGUAUCGUUUUUCGAGUGUGUGUUUGUCGCGUUUUCGUGCGCACGCACGGCUGCGUUUCCUUGGCAACCGAUAAUGCUUACGGUUAAAAAACAACAUGGACGACGAAAAAGAAGAUCAAAUUUUAAAGAAGCCGAAACAUCCUGUAGUUUUUGUCAAUCAUGUUGACACAUAUGUCGGAAAGAACAUUAGCAAGAUAUUUGCAAGUUCAGUUGUCGGGGCAAACUCUGACGGAAUGGACAAUGAGUCCGAGGCGAGCAAUCCAGCAGAGGGAGGAAGGAAAGAAAAUUUUUACAAAGUAGUUGGUACGAUGUUUGAUCCUGAAAAAAACGAUAAACCAACGUGGGUUAAGGACGUUUACAAGUAUGGCAAAAAAGAAGAAAUCUUGGAAAACAUACUUCAAAGCGAUAUUAUUAUUUAUGACAUAAUCAGUCGUCCUGAUCAGGUGGAUGAAGCCACAUGGGCAGUAUCAGCUCUUCAUGCGGAAAUUGAGAACUUUACUUCUCCGAAAAUUUUCAUAUGCCUAUCUUCAAUAAUGACAUGGGCCAGGACCAAGCCUCUUGAUCCAGAUGAACCGGACAUCCCGUUCACAGAAGACGACUAUCGAAGGCGGCGUUCCCACCCAAACUUCAGGCCUCACAUCAGCACUGAAAAACUCGUUAUCAAACUUGGGAAAACUGCCAAGACCAAGCUGUCCACAUUCGUCGUGGCCAGCGGGUUGAUAUACGGCGCCGGAGAGGAGAUCUUUCACUCGCUGUUCAAGACAGCGUGGCAUGGCAAACAACCUGCCCUGCAAUGCUACGGCAAUGGUCAGAAUAUUGUCCCGAUGAUACACGUUCACGACCUCGCCAGCGCCCUGGUGAACAUCUGUGAUAGUCCACCCAAAGUUCGUUAUCUCAUUGCCAAAGAUGAUUCGCAGUCACCUUUGGAUGAAAUUGUUAAGGCUGUCAGUCGCAAUUUGGCCAAUGGCAAAGUGCAACAUGUCUCCAAAGAAGAAGCAUUGCUCAUUAAAGAUCUCCAGCAAACUGACUUUGAUAUGCUGUUGGUAAAUCUCCGAAUGGACGCAGGUUUUGUCCGUGAAGGAAUGAACAUCAAUUGGAAGAGUGAGACGGGUUUAAUCGACAACAUUGAAGCUGUCAUUAAGGAAUACAAACAAACGAGAGGGCUUCUGCCAAUCCGUGUUUGUGUGCUGGGCCCACCUUCCUCUGGAAAAACUCUGGUUGUCAGACAAUUGUGUCAACGAUAUAAAUUACAUCAUAUUCUGAUUCAAGAAGUUAUCAACGAGGCAAUCACGAAAUUGGAACAAAGUGCCGCCAGAGCGGACACGGACGCUGACGAAGAAGAUGACGUAAAGGCUGAAGAGGACAGAGAACUGUUAGAAGCACUGGCUGAAAAUAAGGAGCAAAAUAAUGGCCGUUACGACGAUACCUACAUCAUAAGGUUUUACAAGAACAAGUUACAUUCCAUGCCUUGUCAAAACCAGGGUUUUAUUCUUGAUGGCUUUCCAAAAACGGAAGAAAUAGCGAAAGAACUCUUCCAAGCCGAGGAGGCGGAAGAGGAUGAAGAUGGCGAACCGCCGUUGUACAACAAGCUUAUCAUGCCUGAGAAAGUGAUUUCUCUGGAUACCACUGAUGACUUUCUUAAAGCGAGGGUCAUGAAUCUACCAGAAUCUGUGGUUGCUGGUACACACAACACGGAAGAAGGUCUCCUCAGGCGAUUGGCAGAAUUUCGCGCCGUGAACACUGAAGAUGAAACAGUUCUGAAUUAUUUCGAUGAACUCGAAAUCCAUCCAGAUCACAUCGAUAUUACCCAAGACAGCAGUCCUUUGAUGUCUAAUGUUGUCGAACAGAUCGCAAAGCUGAUUGGCGAACCAAGAAAUUACGGACCUACACCGGAAGAACUGGUAGAAAUGCAGCGGGUUGAGGCGGAGAUAAAGCUUGAACGCGAAAAGAGGGAGAAAGAGGAAAAAAUCCGUAGAGAAGCGGAAGAGGCUACGGAACGAGCAAGGAAGGAAGAGGAAUGGAGAGUACGAUUGAAUGAGGUUAAGAAAGAAGAGCAAGAAGUACUAGAGACUCAGUCAAUACCUCUGAGAAACUAUCUCAUGAAGCAUGUCAUGCCCACCUUAUCUCAAGGGCUUGUUGAAUGUACAAAGAUAAGACCAGACGAUCCCGUUGACUAUCUGGCUGAAUACCUUUUCAAAAACAAUCCGCAAAUUGAUUAACUAUAUGCGUUAUUCUGGCUUUACAGAAAAUAUUGUAUCAUAGAGAUUUUUACAUAAUAUUUAAAUUAAUCAUGGUGUCAUUCACUUGUUACUUCCUCAAUAAUGUUUUUGGCCGAUAUUGAUGUCACAUAGGAAGUCUAGGUACUUAUACAUGAUAUUAAAACAGGUUAUAUGGUGUGACCGGAUGUGUUAUCACUACAAAGAUAACAAUGUACGA